CCGACCCGCCGCCGUCCAGCCGCCAUGACGCCCCGCUCGCUGCUGCUUAUCGGGGUGCUGCUGGCUGCUGCUGCGGACACCGGCGCCUCUCCCGCCCCUCAGCCGGCCGGGGUCAUCAUCGGGUCGGUUUUGAAGGUGGCGCAGAAAACGAAGCCGACGACUGUGACCGUGACGGAUGGCGACAAGAAACCAUCAGUGUUCAGAGCUAUAGACUCGUCAAAAGUCGGGUCUGUCACUGUGCAACCCUCGACGAGUGCUACGAAGAUCCCCACUAGCUCGCCGACAACCAAGCCUCGCAGCCAGCCAGCACGAAAACAAACCACGGUAACGGCGAGUGGCAAAUCCACAACGGAAUCGACGACGAGAUCAACGGUAUCGUCGAUAUCGACGACUGCCCGUCCGACGACGACAGGGGCGACGACGAAGCCGACGCCGGCGGCAGUGACGACCACCGCCGCCCCGGUGACGGGGAGAACAACGACGCAACGCCGGCGAACGACGACCGCGCCCGCGUUCAUCGCCGACGAGGUGAUCUUCGCGCCCGUCUGUGCUCUCAUGGCAGACUCGUCGCUAAAGACGCGCAAAUUCACCCGUAACUACCUGCACGGUGUGACGACGUGUCGCUGUCAGAGCCGCAAGAAGGCCGGCUGUCUGGUGACCACGCUGUACCCCACCGUUCGACCUGGCUCGGCCUCGGCCGCCCACGCCCAGGAGCAGAGUGACGUGGGCAGCGCGGCCUCCAGCGUCCUCGCCGCCAACAUCUGGGCGAUGCGCCACGAAUGUGAGCGCCGCGCCCUGGCCGGCGCCGUCUGUCAUUUCGGGCUGUCCAACAAGGAGCCGGUCUGUGACUGCUCCGUGGAGGUGUAAAUAGACUUACUUCUGCUCUGUGGAGGUGUGAUGUAAUGUGCAGCGCGGAGGCUGUCGGUGUGAAGAAGUGUUUUGUGGUAUUGUACCUAAGCGGUGGGACAGCUGCGUGAAACUACAAAACACGUGAGUAAUUACAGUUAGAGACAUUGUGAAUACGUUGCACUUCAUAUGAAACCAUCAAAUUAUGAUUGUUAUUCAUGAACGUUAUUUUCAGCAUUAGGUAAGUAAGCAUUACCAUAAUUCGCUCAAUAUAUCAAAAUGUAGGUAGCCUUACGCUUAUUAAACUGUUGUGUACAUUUUACGUCACCGCUUACUUCAACUAUGCCCAUUUGUAGCGAUUUAAUUAUCAUGAGGCUGAGUUAUAGGCCUGGGCGGUAAUGGCGGACGUCUUGUGAGGUUUGCUUCCUAUUAGUCACAUCGUGUUUUGAGGGACAUUGUUGUCAAUCGUGAAAAAACACUCAUGUAAAUGGACAUACGAGUGGCACGUUUUGUGGCACGUGAUGACGUUGUCAAUGCG